AUGAAGACCAAAGUGAUAUCGGAGGCCAGGGUGUACGCCGACGCAAACCAGUUGCGCCCUAGGGAGUACUGGGACUACGAAAACACAAACAUCGACUGGUCGACCUCGAACCUUAGGGACUACGAGAUCGAGACGAAAGUAGGGAGGGGCAAGUACAGCGAGGUGUUUCGCGGCGUACAACUGUCCUCCCGCAACAACAUCGUCAUCAAGAUGCUCAAGCCCGUCAAGAAGAAGAAGAUCAAAAGAGAGAUCACUAUUCUUAGCAACUUGUCCAACGAGGGCAGCGCGCCCACGGGGAAACAGAUUGACAUCGACGGGGAGUACUACAAGAACAAGACCCCGGACGCAGCCCAGAACAGGCGCAAGUACAUCUACGCAGCCCCGCACAACGGACAGGAAAACAUUAUCCAGUUGCUAGAUAUCAUACGGGACCCAGUAUCCCGCACACCGGCACUCGUCUUUGAGUACGUCAACAACUACGACUUUAGAGUGCUGUACCCGAAGCUCACCGCGCUAGACAUGAAGUUCUACAUGUUUGAACUGCUCAAGGCGCUAGAUUACUGCCACUCCAUGGGCAUCAUGCACAGGGACGUUAAGCCGCAUAACGUCAUGAUCGACCACAAGAACAGAACUCUAAGGCUCAUCGACUGGGGGCUUGCCGAGUUCUACCACGUCAAUGAGGAGUACAACGUCCGCGUUGCGUCGCGGUUUUUCAAAGGUCCAGAACUGCUUGUCGACUACAGAAUGUACGAUUACUCCUUAGAUCUUUGGUCAUUCGGCACAAUGCUAGCGUCAAUGAUCUUCCAAAAGGAACCAUUCUUUCACGGGAACAGCAACACGGACCAGCUCGUCAAGAUCGUGCGCGUCUUGGGGUCCGAGGACUUCGAGAGGUACCUCACCAAGUACCAGAUCUCCCUACCAGCAGAGUUCCACGACAUGGAUCAAUACAUCCGCAGACCGUGGCACAGAUUCAUCAACGACGCGAACAAACACCUCUCCGACGACGAGGAGGUCAUUGACCUCAUCGACAACUUGCUCAGGUACGACCACCAGGAAAGACUCACGGCAAAGGAGGCCAUGGGCCACCCGUGGUUCGAUCAGGUCCGCCCGACGUAA